CAUAUUAUGCGUUUGCGAAACGGUUGCGUAAAAAUAAAGCGCAUCAUGCGCUUUGCGGAAUUGUUAAUGCGUUCCGAUAUUCACCUGCCUCAAAUUGAAAAUCUAUAUAUGUAAUAUGAACUAUAUAUUUUCAGAAAGCGUCCCAGAUGCGCACAUUUUUUAAUCGGACACACCACUCACAUCGGUCGAUGUCUAGGAAUUUUCUAUAUUGGCAGUGAAUAUCUGAACGCAACCAUACAUCAAACUCAGUUGCUGGGAAACUCGAUGUUCAUAUUAAAUUGAUGAUGACUCUUGAAAAAUCUAGUUGAUCCAAUAUUGUUAAAUUUAUAUACAAUUGCUAAAUUUGCUGUAUAUCUCAUGUAUAUUAUAACAAGAUGAAAAUAUAAAUUUUAAAAAAAGAAGAAAAAACUUUAUUAAAGGAAAAUUUUCAAUAGAAUGUUAUAAAAUUUUUAAGUGAAAAUGCCUUGCGAUGGUAGAAAUCCAAAUUGUAAUAGAAGACGUGAAUUGCUAACACAAUUAAAAUGUUUAAUCAGUUCGAUGGAUAGAAAAAAACCAUGUGAAUGGGACGAGCCACCUUGUUCACCUAUAGUAUACUGUCCCACAGAAUUACCUUCAUGUGCUCCAUUUGAAUUUGUUAAACCAUGUAAAUCAUUCAAUUUUCAUGGGAGCAUAAUUUACAAAUGCGAAUGUAUUAAAAGAAACGGCUUACAAGAUAGAUGCAUGAUGUGGGAUUGCAUGGGUAGAUCUGAAUGCAUGACAAAACUUUAUCCAAUUUGUCAGCCAGGUCGUGCUGCAUUAUUGAAGUUGACUGAUUUAGGUGAUGAAGAGGUUGCACUUAGAAAAUUUUAUUGUGCAAACCAAGCUAGAAAGAAUGCUCUGACUACAUAUUGUAGAUUAGUUUGUGAUAAAGCUCGUCAAAGACAGAUUUUUUCGUGCGAUAAAAGUAAAUGUAAUGAAAAUAUCAAGACUUGUUGCACUUUUGUAAAAAACAACAUUUUAGAUACCAUAUGUAAUUUAAAUAGUGACAGUAAGCUAGCAUUUCACAAUUUGUCUUCAUAUCAAUGUAAUGUACCAUCGCCAUUAUACAUAUCUUGUAAUCCACCUUGUAAGUUAGAAGAAUCAUCUUUUCCAUGUAGUACAUCUCCAACAUAUUUACGUAACGAUCCAGCUUAUUCAAAUUGUAUGUCUUAUUGUAAAGCAUGUUAAUUCUUGAGAUUUUAAUCAUUACUCAAUUGGCUCUGUAUCUCCUCUUGAACUUAUUGUUAUUGAAAAUAUAUUGUAUCAUAUUAA